GCAAAGGUGUAGGCGUUCAAAUUUGCUAAAUUGAACAAAGAAAGUACCAAGUACGGAAAUAUACUUUUUAUAACUUAUAAAACAGCAACAACAAAGAAGCAAUAAAAUUCACGAUCCGUCGACAUUGAAUAUAAAGAAUUUGCUAUCAUCGAUAAGCCAAAAAGGUGCCAAAAAUAACUAGAUAUAAAGCCAAGAGUGCCAAACACAUAUAGACGUCCAUGUUAAUAAAAUAAACUGCAUAACAGUUAAGCGAACCACAUCUCAACAUUUUACAUUUUGUUCCGACUUUAUUCUUGGAAAACGUAGUAUUCAGAGGUAGUGUUCAUUUCCAAAUAUGGGCAAUGCAGGCAGCACUAGUAUGCAUCGUGAGCGCCACAAGUCGAGUGACCUGUCAACACCAAACUCCCCAUUUCGAGAGAUGCCCGGCCGUGGCGAUUCAGUUGCCUCAGCAUCUGGAGUUGUAGCGGUCGGUAGUGCCGUUGGUGGUGGGGCACAAGCCUUUACUUUUGACAAAAACAUAACAAAUGACAAGAAUGUGCGUUCAGUCUUGCUCGGCGGUUCCUCGCAAGAAGACGAAGAUCAGCCAUACUAUACGAAGCCCGUCGGUAGCGCAGCUACUACAGAUACAAUCACAACACCCACCCCACGCAAACGCGCUAAUACUGUUUCAGAAGGCAGUUCUACACCGCAACACAACAACUCUGGAAGCAAUAUGUCUGUAAAAGAAGCGGCUGGUAAUUCCAAUGAUGAUAAAGAAGAGUGCUCCACAGAAGACCUACCUAGAAAUUCUGGAUUACCGACUGUUUUGCGUUGGGAUGGAGGUGGCAAGAAUGUCAUGAUUUCGGGCACGUUCUCCAAAUGGAAACCUCUACCCAUGGCACGUAGUCAUGGAAAUUUCGUGGCAAUUAUUGACCUUCCAGAGGGCGACCAUCAAUAUAAAUUUUAUGUGGAUGGCGAAUGGAAACAUGAUCCUAAAUUGAAAAGUAUCGAAAACGAAGAUGGCAUUAAGAACAAUUUAGUUUCGGUACGUCAAUCGGACUUCGAAGUGUUUCAGGCGCUUGCCAAAGAUAGUGAGAAUGCACCAAACUACGCUGAACGAGAAUAUUCACAGGAGGUGCCACAACCUAAGCCAUGGGAAAAAGUUUCUGGACCCCCAGUGUUGCCGCCUCAUUUAUUGCAAGUCAUACUUAACAAAGACACGCCAUUAUCGUGUGAACCCACAUUGCUCCCUGAGCCUAAUCAUGUUAUGCUUAAUCAUCUGUAUGCACUUUCUAUCAAAGAUGGUGUUAUGGUGCUGAGCGCAACACAUCGCUACCGCAAGAAAUAUGUUACCACUCUACUUUACAAGCCCAUAUAAUAUGGUACACCAUGCGUUAUAAAACAUAAGCAAAACUAAUUCCCGUAUUGCAUUUGCUAUCAACGUUUGAGGCCCACCCCCUAAGCACCAAAAAGUUGGCCAAUACUUUUCGUUUAUGGUGUGUACAUUUGAUUUGAGAAAGUCUUUUAACGGGCCAUCAGCAGAAAUGAGACGCGAUCGCUGAUUUAAGGAAUUUUAAAGGGAUUUAAGUAUUAUUUAGUGCUUCUUCCAGCAGCAGCAGCAGCAGCGGCAGCAGCAUACUCACCUGUACAACGUGUGUAAAGUAGUAAACGAAGAAAGCAUUAAUAGCUAUGAAUAAUGAAUGCCACAAAUAAGACAUAUUGCAGAUUUCAAAAUACAUUAUUGGCGGAACUAAGUAAA